AAUGCCAUUUAAAUGUCAAAUUAUGUUGAAAAACAUUUCAAUCAUGUUUGGAUGAAUUGCAUAACAAAUCGGUUUCUUUAUUAUUUGUAUUAUUAAUUAAUCGAUUAUUCUUCAUUUAAUACAUAAAUGAUUUAAUAGAAAUCAAAAUAAUGACACGUCCACGAAAGAGACUGGUUUUUAAUAAAUAUGUACUUAUAAUAACGGUGAUUUUUGCUAUGUAUUAUAUUUUUGAGGUGUAUUUAUACAAGGUAUCCAAGUACAACUUUAAUAAAUUAGAAUGUGUAGAUGGUAACAAGUGCUUGCGAAUUCUUUUGGUGGCUGAUCCCCAAUUAAUUGGUCUUCAAAACGAAAUUAUACAUCCAUUAACUGGUUUGGCGAUAUUUGAUAGCGAUUGGUACUUAUUAAAAACUUACAAUAUAGCUUUUGAUUUUGUUAACCCACAUGUAGUUAUAUUUCUUGGUGAUUUAUUCGAUGAAGGCUCAACUGCCACUCAAAAAGAAUUUGAUACUUACAAAGCUAGAUUUCAUGGAAUUUACGGACACUCAACUGAAUUUAUCAAACAUGUUUACUUACCAGGUGACAAUGAUAUAGGGGGUGAAGGCUAUGAUAUUGUCACUAAAGAAAAGGUUAUUCGUUUUUACAACGCAUUCCAUCAAACAAAUACAUUUUCUAUUAAGAUGGUAAACUUUUACAAAUACAAUAUACUUACAAGGAGUUUUAUUGAACCAAUUCAAGACAAUGAAUCGAAUAAAAUUAAUGUGGGGUUAAGUCACAUACCGCUUUUGAAAAAAUCUGGUGGUUAUGAAUUAGAGAUGUUAAAAUCAACAAAACCCCAUGUUAUAUUUUCUGCGCAUGAUCAUUUUGCAUCAAUUAUUGAUAUGAAACAUAAUGGAAAUGAUAAAAAUACUCUUAAAAUAAUCCCCAAAGAAAAUAAAAUAUUUCGUUAUCCAUUGAGUGAUUUGAACACAUAUGAAUUUAUUGUGCCAACGGUAUCUUAUAGAAUGGGUACAGAUAAAAUUGGGCAUGGUUAUGCAAUUAUUGAAGGAGAAAAUAUUUCGUAUACAGUAUUAUGGUCACCUGUGAGAUUUCCAACAUUGAUUUUUUAUGGAGUAUUGUUAUUUAUUACUGGAUUUUACAGCAUGAUUGUUGUUUGCAAGAUUUAUAUUAAGAAACGCCCAAGAAAACAUUUGUUAUUACCUAUAUAAGAUACACUUUUAACAUUUUAAUCCUUUAAUAUAGCCUGAAGUGCUAUUUCAUUGUUAUUGUAAAAGCUUUCAAGUUAUCUACAAUUAAUGUACUUUUACAGUAAUGUGUAUCAAAACUUAAUUAUUAAAGGAUUAAAAAGUUAAAAGAAUCCAAUUGACUUAAUUUAUCUAUAGAAACAUGGCAAGUAUUCUUAAUUUUAACACUUGAUAAUUGAUUAUGAAAAAUUGCAAAAAAAAUGUGUUCAUCUGAA